CUGAACUCUGAUUUGGCGAUGCUGACGUCCUUCAUAAUGUAUAGCUCGCUGCUCUUCGCUCAAGACUCUGCCGCAAGACACUGUGUAGCGGUAGGUUGAGGCUGAGACGGCAGCUGGAACUGGGCUAUGGUCUGGUCGCAGAUGACCGAGAAGUGUUUGGAGUCUUCUGUCCGCCAUCAUUCACGAUGCACGAAGCCUUAUAAUGACGUCACUAAGCUGAGCUUGCAACACACGCACCCACCCAGCCAGCAUGUUGAGGUGAAAGAGAGAGAGGAAAGGGAGAGAGAAUGUCAAGGAGUGCACUGAGGGAGGCAGUGAGUGGUUGCCUGGAGGCAGUGCUGACUGCCGUGUCAGGGGCAGAGAGGAGAGCUGCCGAGCAGGAGAUGAAGGCUCUCGAAGUCACAGUAGAAUACGGAGUGGUGUUGGCUGAACUGACCGCCUCUGGAGAAGUUGGUUUGGCCUACCGACAGCUGGCGAGCGUGUUGCUAAGGCAGUACCUGGACUGCCAUUGGAGCAGUUUGGCAGAGAAAUUUGCAGAACCUGUCGCUACGGAUCACGUGAAAGAGGAGAUCAAGCACCUCUUGCUGGCAACACUGGGGGACAGAGAGAGAAGGUUGAGAGCAACGGUGGCAUACUGUGUGGCAGUGAUAGCCCACUGGGACUGGCCUGACGCCUGGCCCCAACUUCUCCCCAGACUGGAGGCUGCCCUGAGCUCAGGCAAUACAGGACUGGUACAUGGAGCCAUGCGAGUGCUGGCAGGUUCUGUUCUCCUUGCCUCCCCUUCCCUCAACCGAGUAUUACACCUGCUGCAGAGUUCUGUAGAGAUGUGUCAGACCUCCAGGUUCCCCAUGUGGCGCCUGUCAUCUUUCCCCAGCUUCUGAGAGUGUUGGUCAAUCCUCAGGUGUAUGGGGCCAGAACACAGAGCAGAGCUGUCCACAUAUUCCACACUCUAGCCAGUAUCAUUUAUGCAGCUAGUGAGACAACACCUACUCUAGCUGCAUCCCUCCUUCUUCCUGCAUUGCCUCAGUUUGUUCGAGCCUUCAUAAACGUCUUGUCCUCUGGAGAAGACUGGGCUACUGACCCUGGUCUUAGAAGGGAAUUACUGAUGACAUCAUCCUCUCUACUUCGCUGGUUUCCUGCUGCCAUGGCAACCUUUGUGAUGGAUUUAGUGACUCCCGUCUGGAACAUCUUUCUGGCAAACACACCUCUGUAUCCCGUCCCUCUUCCCCUCUUUCCCUCCCCUUCCUCUGUAUCCCGUCCCUCUUUCCCUUGUUUCAGAUGGCCCUUGACUCUGGUAUGCCAGGUAUGUGGUGAGUGUGGUCAACUGUGAGGGUGACAAGAGUGAGGACUGUGACAGUGAUGGUGAACUGAUCACCAUGGAGACAUGUGUGUUUGCUGUGUUUGAGUUCAUCUCUGGUUUGGUGGAGAGCCGGCAGCUGCGGGACCUUCUUCCUCCCAUCCUCCCAACUCUCACCCUCCACCUCAUCUCUCACAUGCAGCCUACGCACAGUCAGGUUGAGCGAUGGCUGGGCGACGUGGCUCAGUUUGUAGAUGAGGAAGAACAGAUCUUCUCGUACUCCGUGCGACUUUCCGCACACGACCUACUGGAGGCCAUGUGGGAGGAGCCUAGUCUCAGGAACCACACCCACUCUGCCAUUACUGCAGCAGUAGAGAAACAUCUGCAGACCACUCGAAGCAAUUCCUCUCCUAAUGCCUGGAAGAUCGAGGAGGCCUGUAUGCUUGCUCUCGGCUGUGUCAUCAUGACUCCAAACACCUCUUUCUCUGCCCAGCAGUUCACUGAGUCAGUUGUCAUGUCAACCUUACAGUCUCCCUCAGGCAAUCCCCUGUUGCUGGGACGGAGUCUGUGGCUGGCUGGGAAGAUGGCGGGACGGCUGAAACCAGGGACACUGGACCAACUCCUGCAGAGUUUGGUGACGGCUCUUCUCCCUACACAACACUCUGUCCUCAGAGUUCUGGCUGCUAAGGCCACCUGCAAUUUCUGCUCAGAACUCCAAGCAACGAACUGCACGUCACGCCUUCUGCCGAUUCUCCCCUCUCUCAUCUCUCUUCUGGCUGCCAUGACAGCAGACUUGCCCGACAUUGUCCUGCUGGUUGUCAUAGAUACACUGCAGCUGGUUACCAGAGUGGAUGAGUCAGUGACAGCACGGCAUGCUCUGCAGCUGUCGGAAGUGGCCCUUUCCCUCUUCCUCAAACAUUCCCAUGAUCCUGGACUCAGCUCUUCUCUCGAAGACCUCUUCUCUGUCCUUGCUAAUAACCCCGGUUGCCAUGCUGACUUCCACCGCUCCUUCCUUCCCUCAGCAGUGCAGCUGUUGGAGAGUAAUGAAACUGGGAUUUCCCUUGGCCUCCUACCAGCAGUGCUGGAUGUACUGGUGUUACUAGUCAGAGGAUGUGGACUUGGAAAUGUACCCAAUGAGGUCGUCAGGGAAAUCUUCCCUCGUGUGGUAAGGGUUGGUGUGGCCUCAGACGAUGUUGCUAUGCUACAGAAUGCCGGGGAGUGCGUCAGAGCCUUUGUUUCCAUGGCAAUGGAGGACCUGGUGCAGUGGUGUGACAGGGAGGGGGAGAGUGGAGUGCUGUAUGUGGUGAGGUUGGCGGUCCACCUGCUAGACCCCAGCAGACCAGAGUCUUCUGCGGCUUUCAUUGGACGACUCCUCAUUGUCUUCUUCAAGAAGGUAGGGGGGAUGCUUGGAGAUCACCUCCAGCUUUUGCUGAGGUCAGUUCUCAGCAAGAUGCAAAGUGUAAAAACAGCUUCAGUCAUGCAAAGCUUGCUUCUUGUCUAUGCCUACCUCCUGCAGACGGAGCUGGAGGCAGUGGUCUCAUUCCUGUGUCAGGUUCCAGACCCUCGUGGCCAGCCAGCUCUCAACUAUGUACUAAAAGAGUGGACCUCGCAACAUCCUUUCUUCUUUGGCUCAUUUGAAACUCGACUCAGCACUGUAGCCCUCUGCCAGCUGCUCUCUCACUGUGUUACCACGGGAAACAACCUACUGUGCAGUGUGGUGGUGGAGGAAGAGGAAGACAAUGGGUGUGGCCUUGGUGUCCAGACCAGAGCACAGAAGACUGCAGCUGGGGUCACAAGGAAGACAGCAAUUCCACUGCCAGUGAAGAUUGUGCGUCUGCUGGUGAGUGAUCUACAGUCACAUCUGGAGGCCUCUGCUGAGAGCGAGGGGUCAGAGUGCAGUGCAGAAGAGGAGGGAAAUGAGGAAGUGAGAGAGAUGGAGUCUCUGCUGACGUCAGAAGACGGGGAGUCGGAGGAGUUUGACAAGGACCCUGAACUCCAUGGCGACCCACUUCUCCAAAUGGACCUGCAGGCACAUCUGGUGAAGUAUUUGGGGGAUAUUUGUCAGCUGCCGUCUUUCUCUUCGUCCAUCAGACCCCACCUCAGACCUUACGAACUGGUCACACUCCAUUCUGCUGGCAUUCAUACAAACUGAUGUCAAUAGAUUACAUGUACACAUUGUUG